GGUCGAAAUCUCUCUUUAUGUUUUCCAUUGAUGGUAAGAAAGUCUUGAAUGAAUUUCUAGGGAGUAUAGUGAGCAGUUUAUAUCAGACCGUCAUUGUAUUCACAUCGCUUAAAGCCCUAAUCGUUAACUAAACUCGCAAAUCAUUAUUCUAUUCUACCUUAUUCGUUUCGCCCAAUAAAUGUUAACGGAAUACUCUUGCAAUAUCCGCAAAAUAUACGGAAAUGUGUUUCCAUAUUUCUCACGUAUGCUUUUAAAAAGCAUAUUUAUGUAAUGGCAUAGACUUUAAUGAAUAUGCUAUAGUUUCUUUGCUUUUGGAAUAUCUAUAGUAAGAGUUUCCUUGUGUCAAGUGCACAAAUAUGUUCAUAAUGUUUGGAGUAGUGAAACCUGCAACUAUAAUCUCUAAUUAAAAGGGAUUAGUGCAUAUUCUCAAAACAGUUCUUACCUUUAAUAAAACCUUAAUGUUAUAUACUAGUACACAAUAACAAAAAAAAGUCAUCCAAGAAGAAUCUAAACUUAAAGAUGAGAACAAAAGAAAAAUUUAAUGUAAAAAAAAACUCUGCAAUAAAUAGUGGUCAAAUCAUAUCAUGUGAAGUGAAGUGUAAUAGUAAACAUGUUAAGUGUUACGAGGGCAACGAAAACAAUAGUUGGAAAUAGUAAUGGAAGACCUAUUGAAUAUCGAAGCGCAACAACUCUACCUCUAUAAUAUAAGUUCAAUAACGGAUUCAAUAGGAUUAUAUUUCAACACUUCAUUCAAUAACACAGCAUAUAUUUCAGCAGCUACAUCAAAACCUACUAUCGUUCCACCUGGUCAUACGGAAUCAUCUGUAGUGAUCAUUAUUGUCUACUGCGUGAUGUUUACAAUAGCUGCUGCUGGUAAUCUCUCUGUGGUGAUAACACUGUUUCGUUCCAAACGACAUAGAAGAUCUCGAAUAAGUCUCAUGAUAUGUCAUUUGGCUGUUGCUGAUUUAAUGGUGGCCUUUUUUAUGAUUCCCGUCGAGAUUGGAUGGAGAAUCGCAAUAGAGUGGUAUGCUGGAAAUGUAGCAUGCAAAGUUUUCACCUUCAUCCGUGCAUUUUGUCUCUACCUUAGUUCAAAUGUCCUCGUAUGUGUCUCCUUGGACCGAUGCUUCGCUGUCGUUUAUCCACUGCGUCUUUCAGAUGCAAGAAAGCGUGGAAAAAUCAUGCUCAUAGGCGCCUGGAUGAUAGCAAUUCUCAGUUCGAUACCACAAAGUAUUAUAUUUCACGUAGCUCAUCCACCGGGAUUCCCAGAGUUCCAUCAAUGCGUCUCAUUUGGUGCCUUUGACACUGUUAACUCAGAGGCAGCAUAUAACUUCUUCUGCGUCCUUACACUAUAUUUUGUGCCACUGCUCAUAAUAUGUGUAGCCUACACCAUGAUAGUAUGUGAAAUUACUAAUCGAUCGCACAGAUCAAGAGAAAGAGAUGAUGGCUGUGAUACCACUUCCUCAGGUGCUCUAAGACUGCGUUGCAAUGCACUAACGCAAAUUGAAAGAGCUCGCCAACGUACAUUCAAGCUCACUGUAACUAUCGUCCUUGUAUUCAUCUGGUGUUGGACACCUUAUGUCGUUAUGACUCUAUGGUAUGUGUUCGACCGAGAUAGUGCAUCUAAGGUGGACAAUAGAAUACAGGAUGGGCUCUUUCUCAUGGCUGUUUCAAAUUCUUGCAUGAACCCAUUGAUCUAUGGUUCUUUUGCAAUGAAAUGCCGGUUUCCUUGGAAUCAUAAACGACGAAUGACACAUGUUCUUGGCGAAGGUCCAGAACUUCAGAGAAAAUCAACAGGCACUUACAUGCAAAUGAUGCUGACAGUGGCCAAACCGCAUAUUCAAUAAACAAAAUUCACUAAUGAGGAUAUUUAUUUUUUGAGUUGUAAAUGUACUGAUUUAAAAAAAAAAAUAUUGUAAUUAGAUUGAAUGGAUAUUUUUAUUGAAGUAAAAUGGAAAAAUUAUUUUUCCCCCGUUCAGCGUCGGAAAUGAGCUCUCUGUUCAGAAUUAAACGCGAAAUCCUGCCAGAGCUUUCGGCGUUAGUGCCUUUUUCAGUGUCUGUUCUGUGAGGAAAGGAAAAUUUAUUACAAUCAAACAUAUUAUAAACAGUAGAGAGAAGGAAAUAUACAAAAAAACAAAUAACUCUUAGAUCAUGUCCAAACAAUUUCUGAACAUCGUCAAAUAGUUUUUUGCAGACGGCAUUCUAACAUGGAGAAAGCAACCUGAAAAGAAUACAAAAAUACAAAA